AAAGGGGGGGCCGGGGGGCCCGCGGUCCGUGCUCGGGGUCGUCGAGGAGUCCCGGGUGCCGAGGGGUCCCCGGUAUCGCUGCUUGGGGUGUCAGGAGUCCCCGGUGCCGGGGGUGCCGAGUCCCGGUGUCGAGGCGUCUCCCGGUGCCGGUGUUUGGCGGUCCAGGUGUUGGGUCUCCCGGUGCCGAGGGCUCUCCGGUGCCGGUGCUUGGGGCGUGGGGGGUCCCGGGUGUUGGGGAUCCCCAGUGCCGCUGUUGGGGGUCCUGGGUAUCGGGGGCUCCCCGGUGCCGCGGCUCCCCCGCCGCUGAGCCGCCUCCCCCCGCCGCAGCAGCCCCGUCCCGCUUGCCCCGUCCCGCUUCCCCGGUCCCGCCAUGGGGGAUUUGAUCCUCAACGUGGACUUGGCCGCCCCCGAGCGCCGCCCCAAGAAGGAACGGGGCAACCGAAAGCACCAGAGCUUCGUGCGGCGGCGGCGGGAGCUGGAGCGCCGGGGGGUCCUGCGGCAGAAGCAGCUCCCCCCGAACCGGGGCGGGCCCCGGCGGACCCCGGCGAAGCCCCCCCCGUCGUGCCCUAAAGAGAACGGCUCUGCCGGGACCGGCGUUCCCUCUAACACCAAAGGGAAGGGGCGGGGGGCUGCCGGGGGCACCCCCGAAUCCACCGGCGCCCCCUCGGCGCUCCAGAACGGCCGCGCAAAGACCAAGGGCAGGGGUCGGGGGGCGGUGGCCGGAGCCCCCCCGGCGCCCACCAAGCUGCUGGCCAUGGACUGCGAGAUGGUGGGCACGGGCCCCGGGGGCCGGACCAGCGCCCUGGCCCGGUGCAGCAUCGUGUCCUACGACGGGGACGUUGUGUACGACCGGUACGUGCGGCCCGAGGCGCCCAUCGUGGAUUACCGGACCCGCUGGAGCGGCAUCCGCCGGCAGCACAUGGACAAAGCCGUGCCCUUCCACCAGGCACAGCGGCAGGUGCUGCGGAUCCUGGCCGGGAAGGUCGUGGUGGGCCACGCCAUCCACAACGACUUCAAGGCGCUCCGGUAUUCCCACCCCAAAGCCCUCACCCGGGACACGGCCCGGAUCCCGCUGCUGAACCGCCGGGGAGGCUUCCCAGAGAACGUGGCCGUGUCCCUGAAGCGCCUCACCAAGGCCCUGCUGAACCAGGACAUCCAGGUGGGCACCAGCGGCCACUCCUCGGUGGAGGACGCCCGAGCCACCAUGGAGCUCUACAAGGUGGUGGAGGAGGAGUGGGAGCAGCACCUGCGGCAGAACCCGGAGCAGGAGUGACACCCCACCCAGGGGGGCCCAGAGUGAUGCCCCCAGCCUGGUCCUGCAUCCAGAGCAGGCCCAAAGUGACAUCCCCAGCCAGUUCUUAUGCCUUAGGGGGUCAUGGAAUGAUGUCCCCAGCCUGUUCUGUGCCCUGGGGGAGCCUGGAGUGAUGUCCCCAGCCUGUUCUGUGCCCUGGGGGAGCCUGGAGUGAUGUCCCCAGCCUGUUCUGUGCCCUGGGGGAGCCUGGAGUGAUGUCCCCAGCCUGUCCUGUGCCCUGGGGGAGCCUGGAGUGAUGUCCCCAGCCUGUCCUGUGCCCUAGUGGGGGCCCAGAGUGACACCACGAGCCUGGUCUUGCCCCCAGAGGUCCCAGAGCCCUGGGACGAGCCGUGAGUGCUGAGGAGCUGCUCCAUCCAUGAAUGUCACAGGGCCAGGAGUGAUGUCCCUCAUCCCUGAGCCCCCCAACGUGCCUUGUGACGCUGCUGUUCUGCUCUGUCCUCCCCAGAGGCAUGGGGAGAGCCUGGGCUGGUGCCUUCCCAGAGGGUGGUCUUGGGUCCUGCACCCCCAGAACAGCUCGGGGACCUGUGGGGGGUCCCGAUCUGGGGCAGCCCUCAUCCCUGGGGGAUUUGGGAACGGAGCAGGCUCCUUCCCUUCCCAAAAACUACCUCUGCCGGCGCCGGAACGAGGCGUGGGAGUGGGCGGGACUCCGAUCCCACCGGGAAGUGCCCGCUGUGCUGCGGAGCCGCUCCCGUCGGUGCCACAGUGCCACCUUCCUCGUUGCGAAAGGGGCCGGGACGAGCCCGGGCACGGGGAGCAGCAUCUCCCCCAUCCACCUUUCGGAGCCCCCCGUGCUGCCCCGGAGACGCCCCCAGUACCGGCGGCUGCCCGUGCCCUGAACGCGCCCGACCCUGCCGGGAGGCUGCUUUGAACUGAAAGGUUUAUGUGCGAGAUCCCAAUUAAAAAAGAAGUGAUUAA